CUAAAAUUGGAAAUGGUGAUGGCCCUUGCCUUGUUUCUUUUCUAUAAUGUCAUUUGUCACUGGGGCAAUAUUACGGAGAUUGUCACCAACAAUGGAUCAGCCUGGGUAGCUGCAGUCAAGGAGCUGGAAAGAUGCUUUGGCAUCCAGCACAUCCAAAUUUUGCCAUACAACUCUCACACAAAUGGGGUGGUGGAAUCUAAACACUUUACCAUCUGCCAGGCAAUUUUGAGAGCAUGUGGAGAUAAUAUCAGGCAAUGGCCCAACAAAGUGCCAACCACAUUCUGGGCUGAGCAAAUUUUGGUCCAGCACAGUACUGGCCUCUCCUGUCAGGGCACCAGCUCAUUGCUUGGUCAAGAGACAUGA